GUGUUUCCACCAUGACAACAAACAGGCAGAACAAAACAUAAGGUGAUGACAGGAGUUCUUGCCUGUCUGCUACUACUCGUAGCGGGAUUACACGUUGAAGUGUUUUGUCUUCCUGCGGGUGCAAAAAUCAAGUGUAUGGAAUGUCGGGGUGUGGUGUUACCAUGGUCUUGCACGGGCGUUGUAGAAUGCGCAUUCGGAGAGAUUUGCGAACUACAAAGGUAUACCUCGUCAGUAGGAACUAUUUUGUAUAACCUGGGGUGCAAAACCGAAUCGAAGUGUCAGUUAUUGAACGAUACACUUCACCACCUUGUUGGUCGGGAAGUCGAGGAGAAGAGGGACAUUGAGGCCCGGGGAGAGACUGGCUCAGCGGAAAGGGCUAUCGAGGCCCGGGAGGCGAGGAUAUCAUGUAUGGAGUGCUGUGACACACCUUUCUGUAAUCAAAAUGGAUGCAACAUCACAGCUCCGCUCCGGGUCCACAGAGGCCCAUUCUGUUAUGCCUGUAACCAAACCCGGGAUCCAGACAGAUGCGACCAUUUCAUGGAGUGUAAGGCAAACGAGGUUUGCAUGGUAUAUCGACCACACGAAUUGAGUUCCUUGCCAGAUGUAAUAUACAGGAGCAAGUGUGAUACAUUGCAGGGUUGCCAAGCAGUGAUGUCGGCUGGCCACUCGUGUGCCACCUGCUGUGCUGACGAUUUCUGCAAUACACACUGUGGAGUGAACCCGAUACUCCCCACUCUUCCGACAACACCACCGCCACCCACAACCACAACCCCACCCACAACUACAGCUGGGGCGUGUAGUGAGCAUCACCAUUACGACGAAAUGUCCCAGCUGUGCCUGCGGAUAGUGGAGGAAAGGGUCCUGCCCUUCUUGUACGCAGACUUCUUCUGUAAGGGGAUGGGGGACAUUCUGGUGGAGAUCGACACCCACGAGAAAUACAUCUUUUUACAGAGCGUCUUGCUUCGACACUCUGCUUUGCCAACCAACCAACAGAAGUACUGGAUAGGCGCGAGCACCAAGCCUGGCUCUGACGUCUUCCAUUGGCAAAGCGGGGCGAGACUUCAGAGUCAGUACUGGGCUAGACACCUGACACUCACAUCACACACGGACAGCAGGUGCGCACUGGUCGACGGAACGCAGUUGUACAUGUGGAACAAGGAUAGAUGUACCGCAUCACACCAUUUCAUAUGUUCAAGUGCAGGUAAUUCCAACACGAAUACCAGUAGUUCGAGCUUGUUCGGAUGAUACGCUGACUAUCUGGCACAAUGUUGAUCUGUGAUGUCAUUUUGAUUGUGGAAUAAAAAUUGACAUAUA